ACACAGGAGUGUGUGUGUGUGUGUGUGUGUGCCCGUAUGUGCCAGGGAGGGGCACCUAUUCGGAGGAACUACCACCACCCAGACCACCGGCGACCCCCGGAAUACGUUAGCACUGCGGCCGGCCGAACCCCGGUGGAGAUCCGCGCUCGGUGCUGGACUGGGCAUCGCGGUUGGCAUUGCUUCGGAUUGGCAUACAGAGACUCUACGUGCCAAUCCGCACCCUUCAUAGCGUCGCCCGAGCUUUGCGGAGUGCCAGGCUGCCAACAUGCCGAGCUCCCUGUUCCCCGAGCUGGAGAGGAACGGCAGCAGCAGCAGUGGCAGCAGCAGCAGCGGCAGUGGCAGCAGCAGUCAGGGGGUUGACGCCCUGGACGAGCAGAGAGCCCUGCACAUCGCCCUGGGUCAGCUCACCCUGCUCGGUCUGGACGGGGAUGAGAGCCCGGUGUGCGACAACGAGCCCCGGAGGAAGAGCGUCAACAUGACCGAGUGUGUGCCCGUGCCCAGCUCCGAGCAUGUGGCCGAGAUAGUGGGCAGACAAGGUUGCAAGAUCAAAGCCCUGCGUGCCAAGACCAACACCUACAUCAAGACCCCGGUUCGAGGGGAGGAGCCUGUGUUCGUGGUCACCGGGAGGCGGGAGGACGUGGCCAUGGCUCGGCGGGAGAUCAUCUCGGCGGCGGAGCACUUCUCCAUGAUCCGGGCGUCCCGGAACAAAAACAGCAGCGUGAACGGGAGCGCGGCGGUGCCCGGGCCGCCCAACCUCCCGGGGCAGACCACCAUCCAGGUGCGGGUGCCGUACCGCGUCGUGGGACUGGUGGUGGGUCCGAAGGGCGCGACCAUCAAGCGCAUCCAGCAGCAGACGCACACCUACAUCGUCACGCCGAGCCGCGACAAGGAGCCGGUGUUCGAGGUGACGGGCAUGCCGGAGAACGUGGACCGGGCGCGGGACGAGAUCGAGGCGCACAUCGCCGUCCGCACGGGCGCCGGGCUGAUCGAAUUCGCCAGCGCCACCGAUGACAACGACUUCCACGCCAACGGGACGGACGUGGGCUUCGAGAUGCACGCUUCCGGCGCCGCCCACUCCAGCUUGUGGGGCAAGAGCAGCGCCAGUGCCAGCGCGACUCCCAGUUUGGCGCGCAAACCCUUCGCCAGCUACCGCAACGAUAGCUCCAGCUCGCUGGGCAGCGCGUCCACAGAUUCCUACUUCGGCACCAAUUACAGCCCGCCGAGCCCCGCCCUCAGCUACAACAACAAUAACAACAACAACAACCUGAACAGCUCCUUUGUUUACGGUGAGAUGCUGUCGCCCGAUUGCGCCGACCUCGCUUUCGACUCGGCGCCCGGAUUCGACCCGGCGCCCGGUUUGCUCUGGUCGCAGUACGAGCGCAGCCUGAACGCCGCUACUUCAAGCUUCCCGUCCAGCGCUUCCGCCAACGCUAACGCCAACUCGGCCCUCGCCAAUCAGAGGCGGGCGAGCGGAAUCAGCCAGCCUCGCUUAAGCCCGCCUCUUAAUCAUGUGGGCGGAGUCAGCGAUCACCCGCUAGCCCGGAGGGUCCGGAGCGACCCGGGCGGCGGAUCCCUGACCUUCCCGGGCUACGCUAGCAUUUCCGUGCAUCUUCCCGGUCUGCCCUCCGAUUCGUCCGCAUCUUCCUCGUCCUCGUCGUCCUCGUCUUCUUCCUCGGGGACGAGCCGGAAGGGCAGCCGGGAUUGUUCGGUGUGCUUCGAGAGCGAGGUGAUCGCCGCCCUGGUGCCGUGCGGUCACAACCUGUUCUGCAUGGAGUGCGCCAACCGGAUCUGCGAGCGCAGCGACCCCGAGUGCCCCGUGUGCCGCGUCGCAGUCACUCAGGCAAUACGUAUAUUCUCCUAAAACCGCCAGGACUGAAACGUUCACGACUUUUUAGCACCAGGAACCACCGGAAUCUCAGACGUUCCGGCAUUCCGGAAUCCUUCAACUGCUUCAGCGACUCCUCUAUAAUGUCCAAUAAUAUAACGUUUAUCGUAGGUGUAAAUAGAAACGUACAUAAAGCUGCAGUAUCUGAAUAAAGAAAAAAAAGGGAAACCCAGUAGAGGGCGCCGGUGAGACGUAUAUAAUUAUAUACUAUAGCGUAGCUACAGGACGAGUCUUCAUCCUCUAGUGCAUGUUUCAUUAUUAAAGCCUCGUAUAUCGUAGUUCUAGUGCAGGAAUUAUCCCAGAGUCCGAAGGUACGGAGACCGUUAGUGACGCCGGACGAGCAGCAGCUAUCGAUCAUCAUCAGUCGCCGAGGACCCAGAACGUAUCGCAUCCCGCACACGACAUGUACAGAACCAGAACCAACACGCGGCGCCGGAACACCGCCGGAAGUAUUCGAUUCUUUUUGACUUGAAGAUUUGGUAUGACGCAGAUGUUUACAGAUGUUUUAAUUUAAGUUCAGUGAACUUUUUAUUAUGUGUUUUUUAAUUCUGUAGCUGGGGUGGAUAAAUAUACAGUUUAUUUUUUAUUUCUUAUUUUGUAGUAAAACAGCCUCCGGGCGACGAACACUGUAUGAUCCGAACAUGACGGACAUGUUGGGGGCGUGUCUUCAUUUUGAACAGUAUUCCUGAUCAGAAACAGAACAGAAAGGACAUUUUUGACUCAGUUGACCCAGCGUAUUUUUUAUUCAGUAAUAUAAAUCAUAUUUUAUUCUAUAUUAUUAGGUAAUAAAUGUAUAAUGAAUCUCAGUAACGCCGGACACACCGACAUCAUUUCCUCUUUCUAUAGAGUUUGUAUGGAUUGGGGUGGCAGUGGGACUUACAGACUUCUGUUGCACCACUAUAGUUUUAGUAUUUCUAUUUUACUACGUUUGUUUACCACUUCUUUCUGUAUAUGUAGGUGAAGUUACUUGAGCGUAAAAGUACUUUAUUGAACAAAAAAAAAAUACAAAGUAUAUUUUAUUUUAUGAUAUAAAGAAAAUGGCCUUUAACCUCACGGUCGAAUACUAAUAUUAUAUUUGCUGAAACAAGAUUUAAAUGUAUGGAGAGUUUUAUUUUUCUGACCUUUAAAGUUCUACAUGAUCAGUAAUGGUGCUACUUCAUGUUUUUUUAAGUAUUUCUAUAUAAGUCCAAUAAAAAUGGUACA